CUCAGAAUGAACCCAAAUUAAACAUAUCGACAAUUAAACACUUAAACAUGAUUUGCUGAACGUUUAGUAGUCAGAAGAGAACGCUGGGUGUUACUGUUUGUUUUGUGUUGCAAGUUUGCAAAAAGAGUAGAAAUGUGUAGUGCUACUAAAGCCGAAGGUACUUAACGAAAUACCUUCACCUUACAUAGGCUACUUGUACAGUAGGCUAUACCCAAACGUUUGAGACCAGCAUCCACCCACGUGGUCGAAUUAGACAGAGGUGUGUUCAACAUGAAUGACUGAUGCAGGCAUGGAAAUGUUUCUUAUUCCUAAACUUGUAGUUUUAAAACUUCAUGAGCGUACAAGCAUGGCUUAUCCAUUUUUCCUGCGCAUUUAAAAUGAGGCUUAUUUUUAGAGCCUUAUUUUUACAUUUAUAUGAAGUGCCAAAAUUAGGCCACGCAACAUGUGCCCCACACUAUUUUUUUAAAAACUGCAUAAAAUGUGAACUGUAAUUAUUAAUAGCCAUAGACCUGCUCACAUCCGUGAGGUUACUGACCCAUAAAGAAUUUGAAACAGGUCGGAUGAAUUAAACAGGUUAAAUGAGCUUUAUUGUAUUUAGUAUAACGAUUUUUGCCGAGGAAAUAUCGAACGUUUUAAAACUUAAAUGUUAAUUUUUUACAAUGUACGUUCUUCAUAAGCUUAUACGUUUUCCCUUAAUGUAGAUUUCCAGGUUUAUAUAGCUAUUACAAACUCCUUUUGUUUUAGAAACUGUUUAAAAAAUGUGGCUGUACUUCAAAUUUUUGAUUAGAAUGAUUUUCUGUGGACAUUUUUUUUAUUUUUUAUUUUUUUACUAUGAUCUUAUUUGGGAGAGACCCUUAGCGCUGCUUAAGACGCAUAAAUUAGGUCAUAGACUGGAGGGGGUCUUCAUUGUGCCACUCUAACAGUGCGCACUGGCGCUUAUGACUCUCGGAGUGCUCUCAAAGUUGGAAAAAGUAUGGAAUUCCCUAUUGACGCAGAUUAACAGCGCCUAAAAAAAAAAAAAAAAAAAAAGAAGAAGAAGAAGAAGAAGAAGAAGAAGAAGAAAAAGUAGACUUCAGACAGACAGCGUCGGCUCAAUUCGAUACCAAUAAGCUUUGAGGACGAUGUCAGACUCGUGAAUUGUAGCUACGGCAAAAAAAAAAAAAGAAAAAAAAGGGGGGAAAUAUGACCAUUGAAAAUGUUCAGUCGGAAUGAUGAUAUAUGUAAUGUGAAACUAACAAUAUUUUUUUCUCAAUUAUCUUGCUGAGAUGUCAAUGACUAUUGUUUGCUGGUCUAGGGAGUCGCUCCGCCCCUCAUGUUUGUCGUAAAUCUGGCGCCUGGCUACAAUAAACCUGAGAUAAGAGUGGCCAGGGCUCGCCUCCUUCUCCAAGGCGAUCAAUCGGAUCUCAGGCAUACUACAAGCACUCUCUUACGUCGACGUCCACGAGAACAGAGCUGAUACAACAACACGGCUGAGCUCCACCACCAAAUAUCUAUCUGCUUUUCUGAACCAUGUCGCUGAGCCCAAAGCACACGACACCUUUCUCAGUGACAGAUAUUUUGAGCCCAAUUGAGGAGACUUACAAGAAGUUUAGUGGCAUGGAGAGCACUGGAAACCUCACAUCUCCAUUGGGAGCGUACCGGCAACCUCAGGUGUCCCAGACUGGCAUGCAGCAACACUCUAUGGGCCACAACGCCACUGUGGCGACCACCUACCAUAUGCCACACUCCGUUUCCCAGUUCUCGCACAGUGCAAUGGGGGGCUACUGCAAUGGCAGCAUUGCCAACAUGGGGGACCUACCCUCUUACCAAGAAACUAUGAGAAACAGCGCAGCAGCAACAGGGUGGUACGGCGCCAAUCCUGACCCUAGAUACUCAACAAGUAUGAACAUGACAGGAAUGGGCACGCUGACAGGCAUGGCCGACACCACCAAAUCCAUCCCACCUCUGCACGCAGCUCCAAGGAGGAAACGACGGGUGCUCUUCUCUCAAGCACAAGUCUACGAGCUGGAAAGGAGAUUUAAGCAACAGAAAUACCUCUCAGCGCCCGAGAGGGAACACCUGGCUAGUAUGAUACAUCUAACCCCGACGCAGGUCAAGAUCUGGUUUCAGAAUCAUCGCUACAAGAUGAAACGGCAGGCCAAGGACAAAGCAGCGCAGCAGCUUCAACAGGAGGGCAACCUGUGUCAACAGCAGCAGUCGCCGAGGAGAGUGGCUGUCCCUGUCUUAGUGAAGGAUGGCAAGCCUUGUCAAAACGGCUCCAACACACCGACGCCAAACCAACAGCAGAUGCAGCAGCAGCAGAACGGAUCCGGGGUCGUGCUUCCUACCUCCAGUAACUCUAUGAACCAACACCAAACCCAACAGGUCAACGCACUGGUCCAGGCCCAAGACCUGGAGGAAAUGUCCCCCAGUCCCCCGUCACUCCACUCGCAGAUGAACAACAUGGGCCAGAUAGACACUACUGUAGAUUACACAAAUAACAUGGUCACGUCAAAUCUGCUUUAUGGCAGAACGUGGUAAGACCGGGCACCUUUUCUUUCCUCCGUUUUACCACAAACUUUAACGUCCUCUGAAUUAAGAACUGCAGCGAGGCCAAAAGCAGACAGUGCUUCGCAAGCCGAGCAUCCGUGUGGCGGGUGGUCGGAUCAAAGGAGCCAGUUUUUGCGGGAAAUUUACCACUUUUUUUUUUUCUUUUCUAAAAAACUGUUUUUGUGGUCACAGUUUUCUACAAUGACCCUGCUACUCAUUAUGGACAAAAUAACAAUUUCUAGCCUCACGCUCUAUGUUUGGGACUUCCUUUUGUUGUUCUAGUAGAAGGUUGUCUGUUGUUAAACAAAAUUGCUGCUCCACAUCUAUGGCAAUGCCAGGACACGGGAAGCAAUGUUUCAUAUUUCAGGUAUGAACUUCUAGCAAGAACUGGAAAAGUUUCCAGAUCUCAAUAAAUGCCUGAACGUGCGACUGAAGCGACUAUUGUAAAAACUAAUGUAUUCAUUUAGAGAAAUGAAAAGUAGGGACUGUAUAUUUGGCUAACACUUAAGUUUCUGUUUACUUGUAAUAUAAAUGUUUGAGUCUUUUCGUUGGUCAU